AAUGAAGAUUUAUUUCGUACUGGUAAAAAUUCAAAAUCUCUAAAUCGAUAUCAUAAUAAAAUGCUUCAGAAGUGCACGAAUUGUAAUGAAAGUGGCCAUGCAGCUAGAUCUUGUACGGUUCCUCAACAAAAAAAAUGUUUUAUCUGUGGUGGUCCACACAUGGCUAAUUACUGUGAAAACACCAUUUGCAGUAAAUGUUACAGAAAAGGUCAUAACAGUAGGCGGUGUUGGCAGGUUAGCGGCACACAAUCCUGUGCGAUAUGUAAUAUGUAUGGGCACGUAAAAAUGAAUUGUCCAGAUAUUUGGCGGAGAUAUCACCUUACUACUUCCAACUUUAAAUUUACAAAGGGUCAUCGAUUGAAACAAGAUGUUCCUCUAUAUUGCUUCAAUUGUGGUGUUAAAGGGCACUUUGGAAGUGAAUGUCCAAGACCACGGAUGCAAUCAUUUGAAGGCAGUUAUCCUACAUGGCCACUUGUAAUUAGUUAUACAGAUCAUGAAAAGGUUUCGAGAAAAGAAAGGGAAAAUUCCAGAGGAAGGAGGGAUAAGCAGUGCAAUUCACAGCAGAAGCAGUCCAGAGGCAAACAUGAUGAAAGAAGUUGGAAUGAAAAUAUAAAUCAUAAACAUCAGUCGAUUUUAAUAAAUGACAAAGUAAAUGAAAGAACACCCGAAGCGAAUGCAAAGCAAAAAAGCAAAUAUAAACUAAAGAAAAUCCUGAAACUGCAGUCUGAUCAAAAACUAGUGAAAGAAAGUAAUUUUCCCAGAUCUCCAAGACAGAAUAUUUUAACUAUUGAUAGUGAAAGGCUGAAAAAAACUCUGCAUUUACCCAGCAGUUCAAUGGAUGAUAUUCCCCUUUUAGCUCAAAAGAAGACUUUAAAGAACAGGGAAAAAAGAAGACGAAGAAAAAGCAGCUUGAAGUUUAGAGCACUAAAUAAGAGUAAUUGAUUGAGCAAAAUAUAUCAAAGUUUAUUUUUAGAGUUAUUUACUAUUCAAAAUUUUCAUGGUCAGCUUUGUAAGUAUUGUACAUUUUUCAAGCUCAAGUAAAUUUUUUUUAGUGUUUUAAAUCUUCAAAAAGAAUUUUUUUUCCCCCAAUAUUUUAUGGAGUAAGAGAAAUUUUACUAUAAAAGCUCUUAUGAUGUGGUAGAAAUAUUUAAUUUGGCCUAUUCUCUUCAA